GCCUCGCUGCCUCACCAUCUCGCUCUUCCCUAUAGCGUCACGUUCUCUUCUUGCGCUCCUAACGCAACUUUUUCUCUGGAGUGUGACACAAUAACUGAGUGCUCUGCCAAGCAAUGUCAGGGGAGGAGCGAGGAUGGUGGGUUUUAGUGGUGAUGGUGUCAGUGGCAGCAUCAGGGUACACACAGGGGCUGGGAGAUGUACACACCUCUGCUGCCUCUGUGGCCCGCUUGGUGGAGGCUGAGCAAGCAGUAGUCGCCGCCCUUCAAGAUUACGUGACGAAGGAGGAUGCUCGCCUAGAAGUUAUCAGAAGGUACGUCGAGAGUUGGCGCGGCAGCGCGGCAGACUACGUGCACAACCCCAUCAACAGUUACUUCUUCAUGCGGCGCCUCACCCAAGAUUUCCUCCCCGUGCAGGACGCGCUCCACCCUCCUUCCACGGCAGAUUUACACGAAAACAUGUCCUCGCUAAGGGGGAACCUGAAUUUACCUGAGGAGACUGACCUUAACGGCGUUGCCUUUGCCUUAGUGCGCCUCCAGGACACUUACAAUCUCACCGUGGACGACUUGGUGGAAGGGGACAUUCGGGGAAGGAAAGCUGUACAGGUACUGUCAGCUGACGACUGUUUCCGUCUUGGCCAGCAGAGCUUUAACAACCUGGAAUUUGACCUGAGUGAACAAUGGUACCGGAAAGGCCUCGAGCUCCUGGCAAAUCAGCAGCCUCUCACGCGGGAGGAACAAACCAGGAUAGAGCGAGUGAGCCGCCAGCAGGAGCACCGCGUCUUGAUGAGUAAAAUGGUGACGGAGAUGGCCCGGCACUCCAACUCAGAAAUGCUGGACAACUUCUCUGGCCUGGGCAUUCCUAUUUCCUUCCAGCAGGAAAUAUAUGCCAACCACAAAGGCGCAGAAGCAGUGAAGAGGCUCGAUGACCUCUACCGUCGUUUAUGUCGAGGCGAACAGAUUCAGUCUCCCGAGGCGUUUAUUGGCAUGAAGUGCGGCUAUGUGUUUGGGGGUUCCGCCUACCACCGCCUCAUGCCCUUCAAGGCGGAGCUGCGGUGGGCCGACCCAAUAAUUGUUGUGUACCAUGACGUGUUGACAGAGGCUGAGACGGAGGCGGUGAAGCAGUUGUCCCUGCCUCGCCUGGCCACCACCAUGGUUCAUUCCUUCACCACGCAUCAGAUCCGCAAAUCCUUGGCCAGGGUUGGCAAGACUGCGUGGGUGAAAAGAGGAGACGACCCUGUUGUAGACAAAAUACUGCAGAGGAUCGAGUACAUGACGGGACUCAGCACCCUCACCUCUGAGGACCUCCACGUGCUUAACUACGGGAUCGGUGGCCAUUACGACGCUCACGUUGACUUCUUUGACCUGGAAGAAAAAUCUCUGGACAAGACGCCUCACCAAGGGGAUCGUCUGGCCACCAUGCUCUUUUAUCUGAAUGACGUGGAGGCGGGAGGGUCGACAGUGUUCCCAACGUUAGGAGUGGAGGUGGCUGCCAGACGAGGCUCGGCGCUCUUCUGGUUCAAUCUAAAACGCAAUGGACGAGGAGACUAUCGCACGGUGCACGCCUCUUGUCCCGUCCUGCUGGGAGAGAAGUGGAUUGCUAAUUUAUGGCUACACGAGUGGGGGCAAGAGUUUCGGUGGUCAUGUACGCUGGACCCCGAGGAGUGAGCCUGACCUGCACUCCUUGAUUCUCAGCACCCUCCUCACCCAACCACGCCGCCAACACCUGCCUCCUACAGCGUCCAUCCCACAGCCUUCCACUCUCUUCAUUCUCAGCACUCCUUCUCUCCGAUAAUCUUGCUUGAAAAAAAAUAAGUAACUGUAUUGGUUAUUGUAGAUUUGAGAGAGAGAGAGAGAGAGAGAGAGAGAGAGAGAGAGAGAGAGAGAGAGAGAGAGAGAGAGAGAGAGAGAGAGAGUGUGUUAUUAUUCUCUCAAGGGCAAGGUGGUGUGAGGCCGCUGAUAAUACCCUCCGUCUCCUGCUGAUUGACGUGCCUGUCAUAAAACCUCGCAUUUUUAUCAAGAAAUAUUCACACACACACACACACACACACACACACACACACACACACACACACACACACACACACACACACACACACAUGCACAAUCCCACACACACUCGGCUUACAACCGAUAAGACCCGGGUUCGAGUCCCAGGCGCUGCGAGGCAAAUGGGCAAGCCUCUUAAUGUGUAGCCCCUGUUCACUUAACAGCAAGUAGGUACAGAAUGUAAUUCGAGGGGUUGUGGCCUCGCUUUCCCGGU